AUGGAGGAUGACAGAUCCGACGGGCCCCCGCCGGAGCGUAGCGCACGGGUGCGGCCGAAGCACCACAGCACCCUCCCGGCAGUGACGCGCCAGAAAGCGGUUGACCCGCGUUUCAGCGAUUUGUACGGCACCGUUGACCAAAAACAGUUUGAGAAUCACUACAAAUUCCUGCGCGAGCAGCAGGAGGAGGAGGAGACGCGUCGUAGGCAUCGAAUGCGCUGUCUGAAGUGCAUUAUCCGGCGCGGCGAGCUUGAGGCGAGCGGUGCGAAGCUGGAGGAGUACGAUCUCUCAGAGAAUGAGCGGGAUGUGUUUGGGGAGGACAACCUCGACGAGUUGUCGGCGAUGAAGCUUCGGCCGCUGCCAGACCUGCAGGUGGAGCUUCAGCAGCUGCAGCGUGAGUCGCAACGGCACGUGUCGCGCAUGAAGGGGCGCCAGGUGCAAUCACGCCGCGACAACCUGCGAAAGGAAAUCAUCAAACGGGAGGCGGGGGCGGUGAAGGAGGGAAAAAAGCAGCGGCCAUUUAUCCCGAAGCGGGCGCAGCUUAAGCGUGAGAUUCUUGCUGACACAUUUGAGCGGCUUGAGCGGAAGGGCGGAAAAGGGGCAGUGGACAAGUACGUGGAGCGCAAGAGUCGGCGGCGGUCUUGA